GUAUCGCAGGCUCCAACUGGCGUGACUCAACGCAUGAUAAGUCAAACAAGUUGAGGGAAAAGAUAGUUGAGUUUGUCAUGAAAUUUUACUCGACUAACUUUGUCUUCAAGUUUGCUUGGGAUCAGGUUAGUUCAGCUUACUGGAACCGAUACCCGAACCCAUGGAGUUUACACGUAUUGAGCGAAGAUGUCCUAUCAAGAACUGUAGAAGACGAUAAAUUAAAAACCAAAAGACUAUUAACAAAGACAAACAGAUUACCUAAAUGGGGAGAAAGAUUCGUAAGUUCUCGAAUAGCAUGCAUCGUAGAAGAAUCCAUUGUCGACCCUAUCGCAAAAACUUUGACAACUUAUACAAGAAAUAUCACUUACAAGACCCUAAUGGUAGUUGAAGAAAAGUGUGUAUAUGCUGUCAAUCCACAGAAUAAAGAAUGGACAACCUGUGAAAAACAGUCUUGGGUAUCAUCAGAUGUUUAUGGAUUUGCUAGAGCAAUAGAAGCAUUUGGUGUUGAAAGAUAUAAAAAGAAUGCUAAAAAGGCAAUUAAAGGGCUUGAACACAUAAUGGAAAAGCUUUACACCCCAGAAAGACCACCACGACCUCCUACACUACCACUGCCACAGAGCAAUAUGAUGGCUUAAUGUCACACUUAUUGCAACAGAACC